CUUUCAUGGGUGGGUCACUGAAAAAUCUGGGAGUCUGCGGAGAAGGAGUGUGCACUACUCAAAAAGUAGCCGGCGUAGUUGCUCACUGCUCACCUGUAGAUGUACUGUAACAUUUUGGAGUGAAGCACAGAGCCCACUUAACAAUGCAUCAAAUAAUACAAACCGCAUACAGCUGGUUUUGGUGGGAGAACAUCUGGAUGCCUGCUAAUUGCACAUGGGCAGAUUUAGAAGAUCACAAUGGAUAUAUCUUUCCCAAACCACGACAAUUAUUUGCCACAAUUCCAUAUGCCUUUGUGAUGUUGGUUAUCAGGUUCUUUGUUGAAAGAUAUAUGGCUCUUCCUCUGGCUGACUACUUAGGCAUAAAGGAUGUGAGGCGGAUCAAACCGCAGGAUAAUCCCACCCUUGAAAAUUUUUUCCAAAAGUGCACAAAAAAGCCAUCCCAGUCAGAAACGCGUAAACUAGCUAAAAAGUGUAACUGGACUGUGCACCAGGUGGAAAAAUGGUUCAGGCGAAGACGCAACCUAGAAAUCCCAACUCUGCAUAAAAAAUUCAAGGAAGCUUGUUGGCGGUGUUUAUUCUACAGUACCUCGUUUAUUGCUGGAAUUAUAUUUCUCUGUGACAAAUCCUGGUUUUAUGACCUUUGGCAAGUGUGGCUCAACUAUCCAAACCAUGCCAUGCUCCCUUCUCAGUAUUGGUACUACAUGCUCCAGAUGAGCUUCUAUUGGUCAUUGCUCUUUACUCUUGGAACCGACACUAAAAGGAAGGAUUUCAUGGCCCACGUGGUGCAUCAUUUUGCCGCCCUUAGCUUGAUGUUCUUUUCCUAUAGUGCCAAUUACCUCCGUCUUGGAACCCUGGCGAUGCUUGUCCACGAUUCUGCAGAUGUCUGGCUGGAGGCUGCAAAGAUGUUCAACUAUGCUCGCUGGGACAACACCUGCAGUGUUCUGUUUGUCAUUUUCGCAGUGGUGUUCUUCAUCACACGGCUCAUUCUCUUUCCAUUUUGGAUUUUACGGGGCUCGAUAUAUUAUCCUGCGUUUUAUACCCAGACACUUGUCAUCGCAUAUUUUGUAUACAAUGUGCAGCUGUUGAUCCUGCAGGGUCUUCACCUCUAUUGGGCCUACUUAGUUUUCAAGAUUCUGAAGAAAUUCAUUUUUGUGAAGAAUGUUAAAGAUGAACGGAGUGAUGAUGAAGAAGAAGAAGACUCUCUCAGCGAUACUGAAGGGGAGUGUAUGAAGAAAGGAAUGAAGAAUGGAUUAAAUGAUCCUCUCCUAAAUAAUAAUAAUAUUAAUUAAUGCCCAGCCAAUACCAUCUCCUGGUGCCAUUACCUGCUGUGUCAUAAACCCAACACACCAUACAGACUUUUACAUCCACAUCGAAACCAAAGUUCAUGAAUGGUUUUAUUGCAGAUCAGUAGAUUAAGGAGGGUACUCAAUUUCGAAAAAGGGACCCUUUGCAAUAUACAGUCUAGAGGAUAUGCAAUGUAAUUAUUAUUAUUUUUUUAAAAAACAACAACAACUCUGAAUGGUUAAGGAUGGGAAUGAAUUUAGAAUAUAACAUUUUUAGACUGAGAUCUUCAUGUAUUUAAAUGUUGAUACGUCUUAAAACAGUUUGGACAAGUUUUGAAUGAUGUUUUAAUAUGAUUUGAGAAGUGUGGCUUUACACUGAUUUUAUUGAAGAAUAGGAUGGUUUUAUACAAGGAAAAUCCAUGCAGUUGGAAUCGGCUUCAGUGAAAGGUUCAUCCUAUUUGAUCAAUAGGCUGCUUAUUACAAUAGAAUAGAAUAAAAUAGAAUAGAAUAAUACGAGUUGCAAGGGACCUUGGAGGUCUUCUAGUCCAACCCCCUGCUUAGGCAGAAAACCCAAUACCACUUCAAACAAAUGGUUAUCCAACUUCCAGCGUUGGAGCAUUCACAACUUCUGGAGGCAAGUUGUUCCACUGAUUAAUUGUUCUAACUAUCAGGAAAUGUCUCCUUAGUUCUAAGUUGCUUCUCUCCUUGAUCAGUUUCCACCCAUUGCUUCUUGUUCUACCCUCAGGUGCUUUGGAGAAUAGUUUGACUCCCUCUUCUUUGUGGCAGCCCCUGAGAUAUUGGAAGGCUGCUAUUAUGUCACCUCUAGACCUUCUCUUCAUUAAACUAGACAUGCCCAGUUCCUGCAACCGUUCUUCCUAUGUUUUAGCCUCCAGUUCCCCAAUCAUCUUUGUUGCUCUUCAAAGAGUUUUGAAGAAACUCUUAUUGGUGGGCUCAAAAUAAAGAGAGGAAGGCUGUAUCAAGCCCUGCUCUUUCUCAAUUCAUCAGUCAGGCCUGGAAGCCCUAUUACCUUGGGGGUGUUACUUGGAAUCCUGACAUCAUCUCUUAUCAGUGGAGCCCCAGAUGUAAUUGUCAGAUGUCAUUGCCGAGCCCAGAAGUGAAUUCUAGUUUUAGUGCAAUGGUUUUAGAAUUUAUAAUUCUAAAUUUCACUGGUUCCUGAGUCUACCUUCCAGUCAAUCUUGAGUUCUUGCAACUGCAUAGAUUUGACAACGUUUCUGGAAAUUGAUGUCCUAAGCUACCAGGUGUCAUUGAGACUGAGCUGGGUGGCCAUAUAAAUGUUCUUAAAUUAAAAAAAAGAAUCUUCUCUUGAUUGAGAGUGAGUGACUGUCUCCCCCCCCCCCCAAUCACCCAUCCGGCAUACUGCCUAAGUCAAGACUAGAAUUUGUGGUCUCCUAGUAUUUUUAACCACUACACCAAAGUGGUACUCCAAACACGUUGGACUAUUUAUAUAGAAAAUUAGCAAAGGCAGACAGGAAUAUCUAGAUUAGGAUUAAAGCCAUCUGCUUGAACUGUAUUGAAGUCAACCUUGUUUUCUUUUCUGGAUUCUUCCAACUCUGAUUUCCUUUUUAUUUAUACUUUGUCUUCCAUUAUAUAGUCUUGAUUUUCAUGCUUUGUGUAUUCUGGAUUGUUUCAUUUAGAGAUAAAGUGUGAUCCCAUGAAAAUGGAGAAAAUAUCACCUGGACACUUUUUAAAUAAUACGUUGCUCUUUUGUUAUGCUUGGUCAAAUAGGAGCUAGCCUUGUGGGUCUAGCUUUAUAGCAAUAGCAAUAGCACUUAGACUUAUAUACCGCUUCACAGUGCCUUACAGCCCUGUGGUUUACAGAGUCAGCCUCUUGCCCCCAAACAAUCUGGCUCCUCAUUUUACCGACCUUGGAAGGAUGGAAGGCUGAGUCAAUAAAUAGGCUGUCACUUAGAUGCCAAUUAAUG